AUGGAGGGCGACGACGAGCUCAUCGCCACCGUGUAUCGCAAAAUCGAUCGCGAGAAGGCCCUCAUUGCUGCCGCAACAAAUAUGAGACAGUCUACUGAUAACCCACUCGUACAGCAGCGAGUGGACGCCAAUAUACGGGAUGGACGGAAGAACAUUGCUUAUCUCGAGGAGAAGAUGCAAGAGCUGCAGCUUCGAAAGAUGGGCCGUGGAAAUACUUCUCCUACCGCGACGCGAGGCCCUGGUGACGGCCCGCCUUUACCCCCAAAGGACGUCGGCUCCUCAUACCGUGGCAGUGACCAGGGUGGCUAUGGAGAUGUUGGCCCAGGAGGUUACAGCCAGGGUGGAACGGGCAUGAUGCCUCCCCGAGCACCUUUCCACGACCCCCGUCCGGACUCCGCCAUGCCCAAAGCACGCCCAAAUUUUAGCAAUUCCGGCUUUGCUAUUGCACUUUAUAAUAUAUAUGAUCUUUUGCUGACUGGUGCUGGUUUUGUAGAUUUGAUCAAAUAUGAUACUCCAUAUUUGGGACCUAAGAUUCAGCUUAUGCUGUCACAGCUCGAGUUCAAAUUAAGUGUUGAGAAACAGUACAAGGCUGGUAUCGAGAAGAUGGUGCGGCUUUAUCAAGACGAGGGUGAUCGAAAAAGCCGAGCAGAUGCAGAAGGCAGGCGUAUCGAGAGCAACCAGAAGAUCCAGCUGCUAAAACAGGCCUUGAAACGAUAUGAGGACCUUCAUGUUGAUAUUGAGAGUGCAUCAGAUCAUCCGGAUGAUGACAGUUUGAAUGCCCCCAACAUGCGCAAGCCUCUGACCGGUCAUCUAACUAUGAAAAUCCAUGCUGUUAGAGACGUUGACCAUGCUGCUGGAUCUAGAUUUUCACGGGGCCCGGAAACGUUUGUGAUCAUGAAAGUUGAAGAUGCAGUAAAAGCCAAAACCCGGGCUACUAGGUCAGAUAAAUGGACUGAAGAAACCUUUAACGUGGACAUUGACAAGGCAAACGAGAUUGAACUCACUGUGUAUGAUAAGUCCGGUGACCGACCAACGCCUAUUGGUAUGCUCUGGAUACGGAUUUCGGAUAUUGCGGAAGAGAUGCGCCGCAAAAAGAUCGAGACAGAAUUCAAUGCCUCCGGAUGGGUUUCUGCUGAUAAAAUGGAUCAUGGAGCCAUCAGGCCAGAUACGCAGUUCCAGGGAAGCUCGUUCCAACCUAGCCAGCCCGCCAGAACUCAACCUCCAGGGCAAGCUCCUAUCGGUCAAAAUGCCACAGUCAUGGUUGACUCAUGGUUUGCUUUGGAGCCCGUGGGGAGGAUACACCUUACGAUGAGCUUUGCCAAACAACUCAAGGAUAGGCGACCGUUUGAUAUCGGUCUCAACCGUCAAGGAGCCGUCCGUCAAAAGAAAGAAGAGGUCCAUGAGAAGCAAGGUCACAAAUUCAUUACCCAGCAGUUCUACAACAUUAUGCGGUGCGCUCUUUGUGGUGAUUUUCUCAAAUAUGCAGCGGGUAUGCAGUGCUCUGACUGCAAGUAUACCUGUCACCGAAAGUGCUACCCUAAAGUUGUGACCAAGUGUAUUAGCAAGGCAAACUAUGAGACCGAUCCGGAUGAGGAGAAGAUCAACCACCGCAUUCCUCAUAGGUUCGAGGGAUACUCCAACAUCUCUGCUAAUUGGUGCUGCCACUGCGGUUAUUUGUUGCCUUUCGGAAGGAAGAAUGCCAAACGAUGUUCCGAAUGCUCCCUUACCUGUCAUGCUAACUGUGCUCACCUGGUGCCUGACUUCUGCGGGAUGUCCAUGGAGGUAGCUAACCAAAUCCUGGAGACUAUUAUCAAAGCAAGAAAUACCAAUAGGACAAGUGGUGGUUCAACCAAACCCCCUCGUCCCAAGCCUGCACCUAUUGAAGGUGGACAUCGGCAAUCUCAAGACAGUUACGGCGCACCAAUGAUGUCUCCUUCAGCAGAAGCUGUCAGUGCAGCCAGCUCUUCAUACAUGCCUCCACAAUCUCCAACUUCUCCAGGACGCCCCGUUGCCUCUCCACAUAGCCCUUCAAGCGCUGCCGCUGCUGCCGCGGCGGCGGCGGCGACAGGCAUGCGCCCAAUGCCACAGCAGACAGGGUAUGAUAAACCGCUUUCAAACCAUCCCAGAGUCAUCGCUGAAGAGCCCUCAUGUACUAACUGCGAAUCUAGGUUGCCCCAGCAGCAACAGCCGCAGCCACCACCACAUUCUCACUACGACCCUGGAGCCUAUGCGCGUGUCCAAGCACCCCAACUCCCUCCAAUCCAAGUCGGUCACCAGCCCGCAGGACACCAGUAUCCUAUGGUACCACCUCACCAGCAGCAUCAGCAGCAGCAACAGCAGCAACAUCCACAGCACCCACCGCACCCGCAGCAUCAGCAGCAACACCAGCAGCCAGCCCCUGUUGCUGGCCACCCAUCAGCUCUUGCUACGAAGGAUCAAGUGCCACCACCCACUUCUGCACACCCCCAAAAGAAGGCUGGUGCUAUGAUUGGAUUGGAUCAUUUCAACUUCCUUGCAGUUCUUGGUAAAGGAAACUUUGGAAAAGUCAUGCUUGCAGAAUCGAAGACGAGCAAAAAGCUUUAUGCUAUCAAGGUCCUGAAGAAGGAAUUCAUCAUUGAAAAUGACGAAGUGGAAAGCACCAAGUCAGAGAAACGAGUGUUUUUGAUUGCCAACAAGGAACGUCACCCGUUUCUGCUUAAUCUCCACGCCUGUUUCCAAACAGAGACUCGUGUCUACUUCGUUAUGGAGUAUAUCAGUGGUGGUGAUCUAAUGUUGCAUAUUCAACGUGGUCAAUUUGGUCUUAAACGAGCUCAAUUCUAUGCUGCCGAAGUUUGUUUGGCUUUGAAGUAUUUCCAUGAAAAUGGUGUCAUUUAUCGAGAUCUUAAGCUCGAUAACAUCCUAUUAUCGCUAGAUGGGCAUCUUAAAAUUGCCGAUUACGGUCUGUGUAAGGAGGAGAUGUGGUAUGGUAGUACCACGAGUACAUUCUGUGGAACUCCCGAGUUCAUGGCGCCAGAGAUUCUCCUGGACAAGAAAUAUGGUAGAGCCGUUGACUGGUGGGCCUUUGGCGUUCUAAUCUACCAGAUGUUGCUUCAGCAGUCGCCCUUCCGAGGAGAGGAUGAGGACGAAAUCUACGACGCAAUUCUUGCUGAUGAACCUCUUUACCCCAUCCACAUGCCGCGGGACUCUGUCUCAAUUCUUCAGAAGCUGUUGACGCGUGAGCCAGAACUAAGAUUGGGAUCCGGACCAACUGAUGCCCAGGAAAUCAUGUCCCACCCCUUCUUCCGGAAUAUUAACUGGGAUGACAUUUACCAUAAGCGUGUUCCGCCGCCCUUCUUCCCCAAGAUCACCAGCCCUACUGAUACGAGUAACUUCGACCAAGAGUUCACAAGUGUCACUCCUGUUCUCACUCCAGUUCAGUCUGCCGCUUUCAAAUGGUCUUCAUGCGGCAUCAACACACUUCCUCUUUCUCCUGCUCCGUUUCCUCGAACUUUUCUAUAA